AUGGUUGCUAUCGAGCUUUCAGAACAAAUGAUCGUCUUCGAUCGCACCUUGGAGUCAUGGUUGGAUUCCGCGCAGAAGGCUCAUCAGAAGGCGCAGAAAGCGGAUAAUUUUGCCUACGCGGCCUACUUCCUCAUCGGUUCAUUCUGUUCCGACGGAGACAUCCAUGUUGCACAUGCGGCCCGCUGUCCGCUUCCAGCCACUGCUACUGACGGUGUUAGGGUUUUCAUUCAUUAUUAG